AUGGCCAGUAAUCCUGUAGACCCCCUUCAGGCCCUGUCUGCGGCGUUGGCUGUCCCCGCAGACUCGAAAGAGCAGGCAGAUUUGUUGGCUACGCUACGUGAAUCACUGGAAAUACACCCCGGACCCAUCCCGAUCCUCUGUACCACCCUCGUCAAAACCGUAUCCGGGGCCGGAGACUCGCUGCUGAAACGAUGGGUCAUUGACCUCCUACACUAUGCUAUAUGCAGGUCGAGUCUGUCCAUUGAGGCGCGCACACAGUUGGCUUCUCAAUCCUUGGAGACUUUGGCUGGCCUGUUGCACGACUCCAACCAGAACACGGUCAAGGUGACGGUACAAUGCUUUGCGACCGUAUAUGCGUUGCUCUUCCGCGUGCUAUGCACAAACCGGACACAACGUCAACAGUGGGACAUUCUAACGCAAGUCAAGACGCGAAUACUCGAAUUUGUUUGGGCCCCCCACAUUAGCAGUGGCAUAAAGUUUGCUGCUGUGAAGUUCAUGCAAAGAGUCAUUCUUGUUCAGACGCGAGGAGUCCCCGACCCUAGGCUACAAAACAAGAAUGACCCGAAUCUCACAAUGUGCCCUACGGACCACCCGUUCAUCUCUGUGGCCACCUUAGAAGCAGAGGGACUGAAACUGCUGGAAAGCGUUAUCACCAUCUUAUAUACUAGCAAUAAUCCCGACAUACUGUCCGCCAUUUUAAACAGUUGGGCAACCCUAGUCAAGUCGCGACCAGCAUUGGUAGAGGUUGUAGUCUCAACCUUGACUCAAUGGACACCAGCGAAACUUGAAGGGUUUCCCGCGGCCAGUAUCAAGAGCGUCGAAAAGGCAGUUCGGAUACUGCUCGUCCACAUAUCACGUACAUCGCAAGGACAGCCCUAUGCCUCGCAGAUCCACGCGGCGCUCGCAAACCAAGGCACGCGCAUGGAUGCUGCUGCUGCCGCGGAAAAGCAGCGCAAAGCGGCGGAAGCUUCCCGGAAGCGGUCGCCAUCUGGUACCCCGGCACAGGAUGCGCCCGACGCAAAACGUCCGAAGCUGGAGCACGAGAGUGCUCCUCUCGUCGGACCGUCCACUGUGGCUGGAUUCGCCGGCUUCGACUUCACAACCCUCCCUGCCUCCCUCGUCACCGACCUUGUUGUGGCCAACAUUCAGUCAUUCACCGAGAACUCACUGAUUGGGUUGGUGCGGGCUUACCGUCAUAGUAAGAAUAUACAGAGUACAACACCUGCAGUAGCACCUGCGGCCGUGCCUCUCCAACCUCUGAUUGCCCCUGCAGUGCCCUCAACUGAGGCCCCAUCAUCGUCAGACACUCAUGUACGGACGACGAGCCCUCCUCCUGAUGCUAAGGAGCCAGAAGUCAAGGCUGAGCCUGUUGAUCCACUCAAGAUGGAUAUCGAUGAGGAUGAAAUCGAGUAUGAGCCUGACAGGCUCAAUCUCGAGUUGUCUGGCGAGCCAGGGGCUAUGCCGGAGGACGAAGCCGCGCUCGACCGUGUGAUGGAUCUGGCGGCGGACUUGCACCUCGCAGACUUCAAGCUCCCUCCACCAAAAGAACUAUCUAUAGAAGAGCGGAAUCUAGUUGUGCAUGGUUCACUCACCCGAAUAUGGGACGGUUCGAAAGACCUUGCGCCAUCCGAGGUGCUCCAAGAUGAGGUUCCUGGUAUGUCUGGCGCCGACAUGUGGAUGCUACUCAUCGUGCGCAUGGUCACGCGCGUCACGGAUCCAUCGCCAAGUGACGUCCCUGAGGAGAAAAGGCCGGAAGAUAGUAUGGACGUUGUAUCCGAGCUGUACGCACAUCAGGACCGCCUCAGACAGACACUUUGUGACUACAUCAUGGCGGACUUCUCAGGGAGAUUGCGCCUUGCCACCACCUGGAUGAACGAGGAAUGGUAUAAUGACCAGAUCCAAAUAGCGCGGGAUCGCAAUUGGGCACCUAACUACGAAACAUGGCUGAACCAGAUCGUCGCAGCCUACCAAACGCAUCUUGAUGGCAAGGAUCGGACAUUUUCCCGUUUCUUGCUUGACUUGCCCCAUGUACCCCCUGACGUGCUGACUCUCCUCCGAGAAUCGUGCAUUGAGGUCGAACGGCGACAAAUGGGCUUUGCUGCUCUCCGAGAAUUCGUCUCGCAACGGCCAUCAUUACGUGCGGAAGCUAUGAACAUGCUUCUCGAGCUUACUACACAUCCUGAUAAAGUGACACGUGGUGCAGCCAUCAACACCGUGAAGCGGUGGAUACCGGAUGUGCAGCCCAUGGACAACAUGAUUCGUGAAUUCGCACUACAACUCCUCCGACGGCUACAAUCGCGACCAAAAGCAGACAAGUCAGAAGAUGUAGCGAUGAACGGCGACCACGACGAAAACAUGGAAGACGGGCAACUACCACCGGAGGAUAUCAUACAGACUCCGUAUUUGCCGGAGCAGCUCGAGCUUCCUGCAAACAAAGCUCAGAUCUUACAGCACCUGGAAUUGCUUUUUGCCUUGUCGACGAAGGUGCCGGAGUUCUUGGAUGAGAUUUUCGCCGCAUAUGGCGGAAUGGAAGAGACCGUCCAGGAGACAAUCCAGCAACUGAUUACACCGCUCAUCCGUGCUUUGGGUCCUACCCAUGGCCGACUAUUGACGUUACUCCGGACGUUCCCACCUGGUGGCGAGUCUCUAGCGCUUCGCGUUUUGACCAUCUUCACGGAGAAUGUGCGGCCAAGCUCUCAGCUAGUCACUCUCGUUAAGUCGCUCAUCAAUGAGAGGGAUCUCGAUGCUCGAUUCCUCAUUCCAAUUAUAGCCGAGAUGGACAAGGCGGACAUUCUCCGGCAUCUGCCACGCAUUGUCUCUAUACUGAACGGGCAGCCAGAGCCCAAGAACCUGGUCCGCUCUGUCUUCAGCUCGAUUGUCACAACACCCCCACAGUCAUUCGGUAGUGUCACUUCGAACCUGCCGCGGGUGCGACAAAGUGAGCUCCUGACACCUGCGGAACUGAUGGUUUUAUUGCACGAGUCAGAGAAGGAAAUCGGUCUAAAGAGCGCCAUCGAGGCCAUUGGGAUCUGCUUCUCUAUGACUGAUAUCUUCAGAUCUGAGAUUCUGGCCGUCGUCAUGAAUCAGCUUGUGGACGAGCCAGUACUCCCGACACUUUUCCUCAGAACUGUGAUACAAGCCGUCACAACGUACCGGUCACUUGUGGGCUUCGUCUCGACAACCCUGCUGUCUCGGUUGAUCACAAAAAAGAUUUGGACGAAUCCUCCGUUAUGGGAGGGCUUCAUCCGCUGCGCGAAGCUGAUUGCGCCUGCGAGCUUCGGUGCACUCCUGCAGCUGCCGAAAGAUCAGCUGCGCGAGCUCGUAGACAAGCAGCCGAGCCUGAAGUCUGGGCUGCGCGAUUAUGUGCUGAAGAAGGCCGGGAAUAGGGCUCGUGUCGCAGGCUUGUUGGAGAUCUUCGGGGAGGAUGAUAGCAGCAACAACACGUAUAACAUGGAGCAGACAUUUCAUCUGUAG